UAACAACACCAUUCAUCAAAAUAUCUGAUAAAAUAUUAAAAAUAUCGCGGAAUUACUUCGUUAUCGAUCGCUUUUUAAAUGUUUAAUUUAUUCUCGGCCCGGAUAGUCAUAAGAAAUUGUGCAUGUAGUGUCAGAAAUCGAACAAUAACUCGCAUCCAGUCGAUUCACACGUACCAGAACAUGGGCCGAAAGAAUGACAUAAUGUUCAGUAACAAUCCCGCACCGAACAUUGCAUCAGCUAAAAUGACGAGAUUUGCGAAUAUUUUGAAGUCGGAACAGGAUUCGAGGGAAUAUCGUGGCUUGGUUUUGGACAAUGGGUUGAAAUGUGUGCUCAUCAGUGAUCCAACGACAGAUAAAUCGGCAGCUGCGAUGUCUGUGGAAGUUGGUUACUUGAGUGAUCCUGAAAAUAUUCCGGGAUUGGCGCAUUUUUGUGAACAUAUGUUAUUCUUGGGAACGAAAAAGUAUCCGGAUGAGAAUGAAUACACGAGUUUUCUUGCGGCGAAUGGAGGAACGAGCAAUGCUGCGACUUAUGCUGACAUGACAAAAUAUUAUUUCGAGGUAGUUCCUGAUAAAUUGGACGAUGCAUUGGAUCGAUUUGCGCAUUUUUUCAUCGAUCCGUUGUUCACGGAGACAGCAACUGAGAGGGAAAUUAAUGCGGUUGACUCGGAGCAUGAAAAAAAUUUGACGACAGAUGUUUGGAGGAUACGACAAGUCAAUAAAGAACUCGCAGAUCCGAAACAUCCGUAUUAUAAAUUCGGGACGGGAAAUAAACAGACGUUGUGUUUAACGCCAAAGGAACAAGGAAUUGAUGUUAGGAAGGAACUUUUCAAAUUUCACGAAAAAUGGUACAGCUCAAACAUCAUGAGUCUCGCAAUUUUGGGCAAAGAAUCGUUGGAUGAGCUCGAAGACAUGGUUGUACAGAAAUUUUCUCCAAUCAUGAACAAAAAUAUCGAUCACGAAGUUUACGACCCGAAACCCUAUUUGAACGAUCGUCUUGGAACACUAACUUCUGUCGUGCCCAUCAAAGACAUUCGAACUCUCACAAUCAGCUUUCAGAUGCCCGAUUUAGAUAAAUAUUACAAAUCGGGUCCUGAUCAUUACGUUGCUCAUCUUAUCGGGCACGAAGGCGCUGGCAGCAUCUUGUCUGAACUCAAAAAACGAGGUUUGAGCAACAAUUUGAUGGGAGGUUAUUCAACUUCGGCACGUGGUUGGGGAUUUUUUGAAAUUACAGUCGACUUGACGGAAAAGGGAUAUGAAAAAACCGACGAAAUAAUCAAAAUUAUUUUUCAGUAUAUCAACAUGUUGAAGAAGGAGGGCUCGCAAAAGUGGAUUUUCGACGAAUAUUGUCAAAUUAGUCAAAUGUUGUUCCGGUUCAAGGACAAGGAAAAUCCUUUGGCGCUCGUUUCGGGACUCGUACAUGCGAUGCAAGUGUAUCCGUUGGAAGAAGUUUUGAGUGCGCCGUAUCUCGUGAAUCAAUGGCGACCUGAACUAGUUGAGGAUUUGCUCUCAAACAUGUUUCCGGAGAACGCGAGAUUUAUUUUGGUUGGGAAAAAAGUUGCUGAUACGGCGAAUUUGACGGAGAAAUGGUAUGGGACAGCAUAUAAACACGAGAAAAUUGCCAAUAAUAAGAUGCGGGAAUGGACCAAUUGCGGCACGAGUGAAGCGUUGAAACUGCCGAAACCGAAUCCUUUCAUCCCGACAGAUUUUGAGUUGUUGAAAUAUGAGGGAACGUCGAAAUUUCCUUCAAUUAUCUUCGAUUCGCCGUAUAUUCGAGUGUGGCAUUUACAGGAUAAUGAAUUCCUGAAGCCCAAAUCAUGUAUCAACAUCGAUCUUGCAUCGCCCAUCGUGUAUUCAGAUCCAAGUAAUUGCAAUUUAACGCAUUUAUUUGUGCAACUUUUGAGAGAUGAUCUCAACGAGUAUUUAUAUGAUGCGGAAUUAGCUGGAUUAAAAUUUGCCGUGAGCAAUACGACAUACGGGAUUUCCAUUGGAAUCAGUGGUUACAGCGAAAAACAAGGAAUUUUGUUGGAAAAAGUCUUGGAAAAUCUCUUCAACUUCAAAAUCGACCCGCAACGCUUUGAAAUUAUCAAAGAAAAAUAUAUUCGAGGCUUGAAAAAUUUCAAAGCGGAACAACCAUACUCCCAUGCGAUUUAUUACUUGGCUCUCAUGUUAACGGAAGUUUCAUGGACAAAAACGGAAUUGCUUGAAGCGACGGAAUUUCUGACGGUCGAUCGUUUAAAUUCUUUCAUCAAGGAGUUGCUCACGAGAUUACAUGCGGAAUGCUUCAUUUACGGCAAUUUCAACAAAGAACGAACUUUUGGGCUGACGAAAAUCAUUCAGAAACACAUUUCGGCGACAACUACUUUACCAUUGAACUCGCGACAACUUUUGCUGAAACGCGAAGUCAAACUCAAUGAAGGCGACUCGUUUUUAUUCGAAACGGAACACACGCAACACAAAAGCAAUUGCACCGAGCUUUAUAUGCAAGUAGGACGUCAAAGCGAGAAAAAUAACGUUUUCACGGAUCUCGCGGUGCAAAUUAUCAACGAGCCAUGUUACAAUACCCUUCGAACGCAAGAGCAACUUGGAUAUAUUGUCUUUUGUGGGACACGGAGAAAUUGCGGGGCGCAAGGAAUUCGCAUAAUUGUGCAAUCAAAUCGACAUCCGGCGUACGUUGAAGAGAGAAUUGAGACAUUUUUGACUUCGAUGAAGGCGCAAAUCGAAAAAAUGUCAGAUGAAGAGUUUGAAAAACAUAAAACGGCAUUGGCGGCAUUGAAAUUGGAGAAGCCCAAGAGGAUGUCGGCUCAAUUUUCGCAAUAUUUGAAUGAAAUUUCCGUGCAGCAGUAUCACUUUGAGAGAUCCGAAUGCGAAGUUGCGUUCCUGAAAAAAAUUACAAAGGAGGAAUUUAUUAAGUUUUAUGAAAACUUUUUGUUACCAAACUCCAAAGGAAGAAGAACACUCGUAAUUUACAUCACAUCGACAGAUUGCACGGAAAAAGCUCCUGCCUCAGAUACGGAAAAUCAAGUUGAACAACAACCAAUUCACACGAAAAUUGAAGAUUUAGCUACUUUCAAGAGUACAAAGGAACUGUAUCCAAAUGUCGAGCCAUAUAUAAAAAUUCUACCGAAAGGAGCAAAAAGCAAACUUUAAACACGCUUUAAAAAAAUCAACACACAGCGCUUCUUUUUUCCACAAACUAGAACGAAUCAU